AAAAUGGAGAAAGAGACCAAAAAAAAAAAAAUAUAUAUAUAUAUCAAACUAUCGAGAAAUAAUGUUUGUGCCGCAGCAUAAAUUCAUACACAACCUUGUUAUGCCACAAAGUAACCUAAAGUAAAGCAGAUAUAUAAAGCCCUUAUAUUUUAUUGGUUAACAACAAAAUUAAUCAUGAUUUCGUUUGCUAAAUUAUCUAUUGUUGCUAUCUGUUUACCGUUGAUCUUGGCAUCAAGACCGCUUACUUCUUUAAAAAUCAGCAUUUUUUCUAUUACAGGAGAAACAAGCUAUCAUACGUUGACUUGUAAUCCUCUUGGAGGCACUCAUCCCAACUCCAUAGGUGCUUGUGCUAAAUUAGAUCUUGUUAAUGGUGUGUUAGACCCUUCAGGCACCGCAGCCAUGUGUUCAAAUGUUGAAAUUCCUGUUACAGUCAGUAUCACGGGCACUUAUCAAGGCAAGCCAUUGACAUUCAGAGAAGAUUAUUUCAACGACUGUAUUGCUCGCACUUCAUUAGGAGCUCUUUAUCCCAUUGCAUUUCCUUUAGAUGCAGCAUAAAUCGAUUGAUUGCUUUAUCAGAAUAAAAAAAAUAUAUACGUAAAGUCUGACCCAAUGUUCUUCAGACCAUUGAAGAGGAUCAAUGCCAUUCACUCCUAUAGGCUCUAUAUCAUUUAUUUUACUUUA